AUGAAGGUUGUUAGUUCCAUUGAGGAAAUACGGUUAUUUAUUAGAAAGAAAAGGUGUGAGGCAAUAAGGAAUGAUCAGGAAUUAUGUGUUAGUUUUGUCCCAACAAUGGGUGCCUUGCAUAAUGGACAUUUAAAUUUAAUUAGACAAGCAAAACAACAACCAUCAAAAAAUACUUUAGUUGUUGUCUCUAUUUUUGUUAAUCCCUUACAAUUUGGACCAAAUGAAGAUUUUGAUCGUUAUCCAAGAAAUUUAAAAGAAGAUUUGGAAAAAUUAAAAAAAUUGGCUGAUUGUGUUUUUACUCCAGAAAUUAAAAAUAUUAUUGGUAAAGAAGAAUUAAUUAAAAUGGAUGCUGGGCCAGUUAGUAAAGUUUUGGAAGGGAAAACGAGGCCUAAUUAUUUUGAUGGUGUUUUGACUAUAGUAGCUAAAUUAUUUAAUAUUAUACAGCCAGAUGUUGCUUUGUUUGGGAAGAAGGAUGCGCAACAGCUAUUUAUUAUACAACAAAUGGUUACUUCACUCAAUUUCCCUGUACAAAUAAUUUCCAUAGAAACACAACGAGAACCAGACGGACUAGCAUAUUCAAGCAGAAAUAAAUAUUUAAAUUUUGAAGACAGAAAACUUUCCUUAAUUUUAUUCAAAACUUUAAAUACUGGAUUAAAAGAAGCGAAAAAGGGGUCAAAAUCAACAAAAAUUUCGAAAGAAAUGAAAAUUUAUUUUAAAGAAAAUAAUAAUCAGAAAAAAAUAAUUUUGGAUUAUUUAGUUGUUGUGGAAGCUAAAACAUUCAAACAAAUAGAGGAGGAUGGAUUUAAAGGAGAAGCUAUUUUACUUAUUGCUGCCAUUGUUGGGGGAACUAGACUAAUUGAUAAUAUUGAGAUUAAGAUUGGAUGUUAA